AUGGCUACACUCUUUGCCGCCAUCGUCAUGUUCUCCUGUACCGUUCCCCGGGGAACGUCUCAGUUGUUGCCACCGGUCUGCUCGGUCGCCGCCCCCGAGGCUGGGGCGUCGCUGCCGGGCUCGAGCCCAGCUUUUGGAGCCGUGUUUCAUGUUGCCACUUCUGAUGCCUACCAAAUGGCCUCGGUCUGUGGUCUCGCCAUGGCCUUUGCUACUCUUCCCGGCCCCUCGGCCACGUUUGCUUUUUACCGCUCGACGAGUGCCACCGCCAACCUUGCAUCGAUGACCAAGGCCUCGCCAGACUAUGCGGCGACCGCCACACCUAUUCCUGGCCGACCGGGUGUGUUCCAUCUCGGCGACACCACCCUCCGCUUCCCGAUCGAUCCUGGUGGCUACUACGCGGUAGUGGUGGCCAGCGCCGGCGCUGAUGGCCGCAUCUCGGCGCCAACCUCGCUCCCGAUCAAUCCAGCUAACUGCUCCUCGGCCAUCAGCAUGGUCAAGACAGUGUGGAUGACCUCGGGUUCGACCGCACCAACCUCGCUCGCUGCCGCCAGCGAAGAUCUGACCGUUCUUCCAGGGAGCAUGGAACUGCAGCUGUGUCCGUCGUGCCUGCCAGCGCCUACCGCGCCCUCCGACGGCUCGGUCUCGAUUCCAUCGGGUGUGAUGAACCGCGGUGUGCUGGACGAGACCGCAAGCUACGCGUGCGGACCGCUGUACACGCUAUAG